AUGUUCAAAUACGCUGUUGUCAUCAUGGCCAUCAUUGCCUGCGUUGCUGCCAAGCCCGGACUCCUGGGUGCUCCUCUGGCCUACACUGCUCCCCUGGCCUACGCUGCUCCCCUGGCCUACGCUGCCCCUGCUCCAGUCGUGACCGCCACCAGCAGCCAGGUGAUCGCCAGGAACUACAAUGGAAUCGCCGCCGCUCCAGUGAUUGCUCCCGUGGCUGCUCCAGUGGUCGCCAAAUACGCAGCUGCUCCUCUGGCUGCUCCUUUGGCCUAUUCCUCCCCCUUGGCUUACUCCUCCCCCUUGGCUUACUCCGCCCCCCUUAGCUACGCCGCUGCUCACGCACCACUGUUUAUUUAAAUCAAACUGUGAUCACCUAGGAAAAUACAUAUAAAUUUAAUAUAAACGAAUGUUGCCAGAAAGAGUUUAGCUUUUUGUAUGGAUUGGUAAAGAAGAAAUGACUUGUUCUAAUAUCCCGCUCUUAACAUGGUUGUUUACGCGAACGUGCCACG